GUGGGUGGAGUCAGGCUCUGACCAGGGGUUUAGUUACCCUUUUUAAGUGAUUUAUACUAAUGUAGGGAAUAGUGAAGUGAGGGUAUAGGGGGUGAUUUUUAACACUGCAAAGGUCUUCAGACUCACUGAAAAAGGCAAGUGUGAUGAAGCAGAACUGUGCAGGACGUUAGCCCUCCAGGAGCAGGAUUGGACUCCCUGUUCUCGAACAUUAUUAACUGUAGAAAUGAAUCCUCUGGAUAAACAUCUGUAAUUCUGUGCUCUGUAAUGUGCAGAUCAGUGUCUGAUGUUGGAUUAAAGUGCGUUUAUGGGGCGUUUAAUCACAAUAACAGAAUGCAGUUAUAUACAUAAUGCCUCUAAUGCAGUCUGUAUACAUGUGCGACGGGGAUCAAGCCUUUAUUUACUAGUCAAUAAUCAUAGUGACAGUGACCAAGUAAUAUCUUAGCACACAUUAAAGCAUUGUAAUGUAAUAAAAUUUGAAAGUUAGUGUUGUCUCUCUUGGUUUGUCUCAGGGAGUGUGUGUGUUUGUGGUUGGCCUGCGUCUUGCCUUGGUUCUACUGAAUGGUCUGCAAAUGUAUUUCUUUUUUAUUGAGUCAAAGCUGUAUUUUGAUUGGCUUUUACUGUCUUCAGUGUGACAUGACUCAGAAAUAAUGUUGAUUUGCUUUAUUGCUUAUCAAUUCAUUCUUAUUCUUAGUUGAAAAAGCUUGUGUUGCUUAAUGAAGUUUAUAAAAAAUUUUUUUUUUCAGGUUUCACAGAUUAACAAAGGAGACAUUUUAACGAGGAAGCGUUUAUUUCCAACAGACAGCGCGAACUUGGAAGGGAGGGAGUUUAUUGAAACGCAGGGUCAGUUUGGUGAAGCAUCUACUCUUAUAGUCCAUCGCCUGACUAUAGGAGGCGCUGUGACGUAAUUUUGCCGCCAGUGAAACCACUGAAGAAACAAGACUGGAGCUCUCAGACGGUGUUGCCCAUGUGAGCGCAGAUGGAUGUGAUCUGCUCUCAGGAUCAUGGAUCUGCUGAUCAAACCUCUGUCUGUAAUGCUGGAGAACUGCAGGUGAAGAUGUGCUCCGUCAAACUGGAGGACUGCAGGUACCUGAUAGAGAGACGAGGAGAAGAAACCACAGCAGAAGAACAACAACAACAGAGCCAUGAGGAAGAGGAGGAUGAAGAUAAGAUUGUGGAUGUUGAUGAUAAUGACUUAGUUCUGACAGAUGAUGACGCUGGUUCAUCUUCUGAUGGAGAAACUGCCUCUAUGUCCAAAGUGCGACAGACAAGAAAGAGAUUCUCCUGUGGAAAACCAUUCAGCAAACAGGAUCAUUUAGCGAGACGUAGGAGAAAACACACAGAACAGAAAGACUUCACCUGCAAGAGAUGUGACAUCAGCUUUUCUACCUCAGAAGAGAAGAGACGUCAUUCAAAACAGCACAAGAAGAAAGAGUUUCAUUGUGAUCAGUGUGGGAAGAAAUUUAAUUCCUCUUCUUGUUUCUACCGUCAUAAGACGACUCAUACGGACAGGGAAGAACCAGUGUACCAAUGCCCUCACUGUGAGAAGAGCUUCACCCAGGGAUGGAUUCUGAAGAACCAUCUACUCGUGCACAGCGAUGAGAGGCCGUACAAGUGCUGUGAAUGUGAGAAGAGCUUCAAAAAAAAAUCCAUUCUGAAGAGCCAUCUACUCACACACACCAAUGAAAGGCCGUACAAGUGUCCUCACUGCGAGAAGAGCUUCAACCAGGGAUCCCAUCUGAGGAGCCAUCUACGCAUACACACCAAUGAGAAGCCGUACAAGUGCCCUCACUGUGAGAAGAGCUUCAGAGAUGGAUCUAAUCUGAGAAAACAUCUAUUCAUUCACACCAAAAAGAGGACGUACCAGACGAACCAUCUAUUCACACACACCAAUGAGAUUACAUAUCAGUGUCCUCACUGUGAGAAGAGCUUCAAUGAGCGAUCUAAUUUGAGUGAACAUCUACUCACACACACCAAUGAGAGGCCGUACAAGUGCAGUGAAUGUGAGAAAACCUUUACAAAGCCAAAAUCUUUGAAGGAACACCAAAAAAUACACUCUGAAGUCAAACCGUUUCAGUGUUCACACUGUGAGAAACGUUUCCAUCAUUCGACGCACCGGAAAACCCAUGAGAGGAUUCACACCGGAGAGAAACCGUACCUGUGCUCCUUCUGCGGGAAGAGCUUUGCGACUCCAUUUUCUUUCAGAAUUCAUCAGAGAGUUCACACUGGAGAAAGACCUUAUCACUGUGGUGAUUGUGGGAGAAGUUUUUACAAGCCAAGUGACUUAAAAAUACACAAGAGGACUCAUACAGGAGAAAGACCUUUUAAAUGCUCACAUUGUGACAAGACUUUUGCUCGAUCAAGUGACCUGAAGGUCCAUGAACGAAUGCAUACAGGAGAGAAACCUUACCGCUGCUCCAUCUGUGGUGAGAGAUUCUCUUUUAAAUGGGGUUUUCAGACUCACCGGAAGAAACACGCUGUUUUACAAUCAUCAUAGCUUCAUCGUGUCACUGUGUGACCCGUGCUGGCAAAAUGAGUUGCAAUGAGCAAAAUAUAACAAAAUUGUUAUUGUUAUUUUCACAUUCUUAAUAAAAAAACCCUUCAAAAUGAUAAUAAUUUGUUGGAGUGGGAU